UAAGCGUUUUCAUGUUUUGUUGUGUCUACAACACGUAAAUCCAUAUCACUCAUUUUCGCAGGCCUGUCUGUCGCUCCGUCUGUAUACGAGAUACAGUAUCCGAGAUACAGAAUUACGACCGGAUACUUUUUUACUUCUGUAUCGCAUACCGCCUUGUUAUACGCAAAACAGUUGUAGUUGUAAUUAUGGAAAUAGAAGAGUGUAUCGCGGUGUGGUAUUUAUUAAAUAAUAAGAAGAAGAAACUAAAAAGGAGACGUAGUUUGUGGGUUCAUCCCAUGUUGGGAUUAAGAGAAAGCAAAGGAACGUAUAAUUUAUUACAUGAAGAUUUGUUGCAAGAUCCAUCGAAGUUUUUCAAUUAUUAUCUAAUGUCUAUUCAGUCCUUUGAGAAACUUCAUAAUAUUUUGGAAAACAAACUAAUUAAAAAGGACACAACUAUGCGUAGAAGUAUUUCGUCAAAAGAACGACUAUCUAUGACAUUAAGGUACCUGGCGACUGGUUGCUCCCUUACUGAGCUACAUUAUAACUACAGAGUUGGAAUUUCAACAGCGAGCGAAAUAAUUCAGGAAACAUGCAAGCUAAUUUGGAUAUUUAUGAAAGAACAAUGUAUACCAAAGCCCACACGAGAAAAAUGGUUAGAAAUCGCAGACGGUUUUUUGAAAAAUGCAAAUUAUCCACACUGUUUGGGUGCCAUAGACGGAAAACAUAUCCGGGUUAUAAAACCACAACAUAGUGGUUCUCUUUAUUUUAACUAUAAACAUUUGUAGAUAUUGGAGAUUAUGGGAAAAACAGUGAUUCAAGCAUUUUUACGAAUUCACAUUUUUAUAAGAACUUAAGCUCAAAAAAGCUAGAUCUUCCCAAUCCAGAUUUUU